AUGACUAUCAUUGGUUUGCUACAUGAUUGCUAUGGCCUCAUUCUGACUACAAAGAUGUCUUUCUCACUACCUGAAACCUCAGGUCUAAGAAUCCGCAUCUCAGAACUCGUUGACCUCAUCGCGGCCCACGACAAGUUCGUAAAGACCUUCCUCGUUCCCAUCGCCCAAGCUGGCAUCGAUGACUGUAACUACGCGCGUGCGGUCGUGCAUCCGCCCUCUCCUGGACCGCACCCUGGUAUGGAUAGUAUCGAGGACGCGGGCCUCGCCCUUGUUCGCGAAAAAGAAGGCAAAGCCAUGUUGGCAUUAUACGAGGCCGAUCGCGCCGGACUUGAGAACAUGCGUCAACGCUUCAUAACUGCCCUCAGCGUGGACAACUAUCUUACCGCUCCAACUAGCAAGCAAUCGGUCAAAAAUUUGCAGACAACUAUGACGAAGGCGUGCCGAGACAAGGCUCGAGCUCUGAUUGCGAAACUCGAGUCGACAAUGGGCCAAACAAGUGUUGGGGAGGUAGAGGAUAGAUCCGAGGCAUUCAGGAUGUGGUCUGAUGACAAUUUGGAAGAUGAGGAGGCGUACAUUCGGAGCGCACUCAAGUGGAGCAGUGAGAAUCCCGACAUUCAGUAG